CUCGAAAUCAUUCAUUACAUUCAUCUCGCAGCCCCCUAAGACUAUUAAUAUCAAUGUGCUGCCGACUCUCCCGGGCUCUUGUAUCAUUCAUACUCUUAGCUGCCGAGACGCAGCCGCGAGGCGCACUGAUAUCGAAACAGGCUUCAGCUACUUGCCUCUGCGUGGGGGUGGACAGUCAAGAAUCCAGUCAAAGCAGUGAUUCUGCUCAAAGAUUGUGGGUAAUAUCAUGUAUUCUAUCUUCAGACUAUAAGCCUUCAGUCCUAGGGGGGCUUGUACCAACUGUUCGCAUUCAUACACAACACAAAGUUGUAGGAAAGUUUCAAUUCAUCUAGUGCAGAGAAAGCCCGAGAGCUUAUCUUGAUUGCUGUAUCCCGAAAAAUCAUACUAGUUCUGAAACUGUAAUGUAAAUGAUACAGGAUGUUGCUGAUGCAUAGGGAAAAUGUAUCUACUUCUGUAGCGGUCGCA